AUGUUCAAUGAAGCAGGAAGAAGUAUCGAGUCCAGCUGUUUGAUUUUUAAAAAUAAAACGUGGACACGGUGUUACUUAUUAUGUUCACAACCGAAUGACAUCAGUGUCGUUGUGCUAUAUGUUUACAAAAAUCAUAAGCGACGUUUAAAAAAUAGCGAAACAUCAGCGAUCUCACUUGGUACCUUCGUAGGCCUGGAAACUGGUUUUGAGUUGAAAAAGCAGAAUAAUACAAUGUGUGUUAUUACGCAACCAGAUAUUUUGACUGUUUCGUUUCAAACAGCUGAAAUACUAACAAUGUGGGAGACUUGGAUUUAUCAUACGUGCUUCAAAGGUUCACUAUUUUAUGCACAGCUGGUGGGUGCACCCGAAUCAAGUCGUGCAUAUGACUCGUUAAAUUGCGAAGUUCGAUUGCAUAUCCAUGAUGGCCGGAUAGCACUUGUUGAUGGCUAUCCACAACGUCUGAUUGGUUUCUGGUUUCUGAACGAAAUCAUUCGGGUUUGUUUUAACGACAAUAAGUUGCAAUUCUUCGCAAAUGAUAGAAGUGGUUUGGAUGAUGGCAUGUAUUCUCUGGUUUGUGGACGAAUACAGCUCCUCGAGAAGCACUACAAUUUAGCUAAUAAACCUGGAGUACUUACCGCAUUCUUGAAGCAGAAAGAAGGUGAUGGAUUGUGGUAUGAGGAUAAAUUCACUGAUUCUUCAAAAAUGGUAAUCCAGCAUUCCAAUAUGUGUAACAUUCAAAACUCUGAAACGAAUCAUUUUCGCCUUUCCAGUGUACGUAGAACUUCGAGCCAAAAAUCAAAAACAUCAGUGUCCCCAACUGAUGCAUCUGCUUCAUAUGUCAAUGUGCUGACCGAUUCCAGAUUUCUUCCGUUAUCUAAUGCACCAUCGAUGGUAUCGUGCUGUGUGCCGUAUGUAAAUGAUAUAGGUGAGGAAUGCCAGCACUCGCAGAGUGAACCUUCCGUCUUAUCCGUCGGUCACUGGGAUAGAUCAUCCGAUGUCCUCCUCAAUUCACCCACCAAGGAUCGCAAUAUUCCAGUAUUCUCGACGACCAGUACGUCAACUAAAUGCUUAUCACGUGCAGAUAGUUGGCCAAGACCAAUGACUAAUGAAGCCAUCCGAGGGAGAGAAAUGUCUGUGCGUACUCGGAAAUGGUGUGCCAUUAACGGUAGAGAAACUAAAGGACGAUUUGUGAAGCAAGAAAAAAAAAGUGCUGGGAGCAAACCUUACGAAUGUGGCAACUUUCGGGGACAAUCUGAACGUCUCCCAAAACGUUCAAGGUCAUUGGGAAUGGAAUCUAAAUAUUUAAAUUCAUCACGAGAGAGAAAUUGGAACCGCGCAAAACGCAUUAUUGGUGGUGUGAGAAAAUCGAUUAAUGAUUUAAAUGCUUGUAAAUUUUCGUCAUCACUGGAUAAAUUAGCAUUACCGUCAAUGUUGCAUCAUGAAGCAGUGGCAGUGGCAUCAUCAUCCAAUGAUGACACUAACCAAAUUGAUCGAGUAAUACCUGAUGGUUUGCAGGAACUAGAAUUCACAACCCAAGGUUUUGCCUCAUCAUUAUCUUCGCAGUCUAUGAAUAGAUUACCUGGCCUAAUCAAAUUACCACCCAGAAAAUUUAGCCUUAUACGUGCUCGUCAUAUACUCACUAAAAGCCUACAAAAUUCGAUUUCAGGUUCAUUUUCGAAGUAUGACGGUGAACGAUCCGCAAAUCAUUUCAAUCUAGAAGAUGCUAAAUGCACGGGACUUGUGGUUGACAGUAUCGAAUCGGCAGUGGAAAAGAGUCGAGCUCGUUUACUUGAAGCUGAACGGCGAAAUUCGGGAUUUACUGACAGAGCAAGUCCAACAACUUCGUCUAGCCGUUCAGGCUGGACAGCACUGUCAGAAAACAUGGAAAUACCGUCGACUGCGUCAACUAUUGGUCCUUCUCACGUUACUGAAUCUUGUUUACUGAACUACGAUCAGAAAUCUCCAGUAAAAACUGUUGUACCAACCGUCAAUGAAUGCUGCAAUUCUUUGAACUUUUUGAUGACAUCUGAUCGACAAUCUAUCAAAAAUGAAAGCCUUUCUCCAACUUCAGUGAGAACAGAUAUGGAACUGUCAAGGAAGGAGCCAUCCAGGGUUGGAAGUUUGAAGAGUUCUUUAACAGCUGCAAAGGAGAUGAAUGCAGAAAAACCCCAGCCAAUACUACUGUGCACAGCAGCGGCCUCACUUUCAGGAAGUUACUGUAAUUUGGAAACUAAAGUUAGAAGAAAUCUACCGCAAAAAUCAGCCGAAGCUUCGCGUACGGUUUAUGUACAAAUCGAUCCUGUAGCUACACUUGGCGCGACACAGACCCAACAAACAAUGAUGAGAGAUCGUGCACGCGUUGGCAACUUAAUUAAAAAUAAACACUUUUCCAGUCAAAAUAACGUGGAAAGCAAAGAUCGAAGUGAUGAAGGAUGGAAUAGAAGUGGUUUUUUUGCCCGUCGUUUGUGGCGGAAAUUGCCAAUGUCGAAGUCAUAUUCUGAUCUCCGUUUCUGA